UCCUUUCUCCACAUUAUUAUCUCCACUCAAUAAUCCCUUCGUUCACCGGAAAACGAGUCACGACUCACGAGUCACCUCAUCAAGUCACCAAGAAUCAUAUUAACACUUACAUAUGGGUAUAUGCAGUUCAACCGAGUCGACACAAGUCGCAUCAGCGAAACUGAUCUUACAAGACGGGAAGAUGAUGGAGUUUGCGAACCCCGUGAAAGUCGGAUACGUGUUGCAGAAGUAUCCCAUGUGUUUUAUCUGUAACUCAGACGAUAUGGACUUCGACGACGCCGUUUCAGCUAUCAGUGCCGAUGAAGAGCUUCAGCUAGGUCAGAUAUACUUCGCUCUUCCUCUUCGUUGGCUUCGUGAGCCACUUGGAGCUGAGGAGAUGGCUGCAUUGGCCGUUAAAGCCAGCUCUGCUCUCAUGAGAAGUGGUGGUGGUGGUGGUGGAGGAAGUUGUCGCCGGAAGUGUAUUGAUCCUAUUGUUGUGUCUGGUAAAUAUAGUCUUGGAGUUGGCUCCGGUGAUGAAACGGUGGGAUCUGGUGGGGUGAGGAGGAAAGGGAGAAACGCUGACGGUGGUGGUAGCAGUAGUAGUGGUCGGAGGAGGAAGUGUUACGCGGUGGAGUUGAGUACGAUAGAAGAGUGAAGGGUAGUUUUGGAAUUUGUGGAUAGUUGUAAUUAUGUUGGUAGUCAUUUAAUUAAGAAGCAAUUUGCAAAUUAGCAAUGUUCGGAAAGUUCUCUUUUGGGAAUUUAGUAGUUAGACCAUCAUUAAUAUCGAGGAUAUCUUUUUACAAUUAAAA